AUGGCUUCUAACCAUUUCGCCGUUGCGAACCCGCCCUCGGACGUGAUAUCGGCCGUCCAAUUCUCCCCCGAGCCAGAGUCGACGCGCUUUGUGGUGUCGUCAUGGGACAAGAACGUAUAUCUGUAUGACCUCAGAGACGAGAACGGCACUAUUGGCGAGGGGAAACUCAUACAAAAGUUUGAACAUCGCGCGCCGGUGCUAGAUGUCUGUUUUGGCCAGAAUGAAGACGAACUAUACACUGCCGGGCUGGACUGGGACGUCAAAAAUAGAGAGCAUGGCCUGGUCGUCUCGGCGUCGUGGGACAUGACACUGCACAUCCACAAGGCAGACGGGAGUGCUUCGCCCGCGACAAUCCCACUGCCCUCAAAACCCUUCUCCCUCUCCGUUACCCCUACCAAACUCGUCGUUGCCAUGGCUUCGAGAACGUUACACAUCUACGACCUCAAGUCUCUGGUGCUAUUCCUGGAGCAGUCCGGCGGCCAGCCACCAGCUCACACCCUCGAGCUAGAGCCCUGGCAGCGUCGCGAGAGCAGUCUCAAGUUCAUGACCCGGGCGGUGGCCUGUAUGCCUGAUGACGCUGGCUACGCCUCAUCAAGUAUAGAAGGGCGAGUAGCGGUAGAGUGGUUUGAUCCUUCCGACGAGUCUCAAGAUCGAAAAUAUGCGUUUAAAUGUCAUCGGCAGCACGUUGACGGCGUCGAUGUUGUCUAUCCCGUCAACGCCCUCGCCUUUCACCCUGUAUUCGGCACUUUUGCCUCUGGAGGUGGUGACGGAGUGGUUGCUCUGUGGGAUGGGAUUGCGAAGAGGAGGAUACGGCAGUACCCCAAAUAUCCUUCCAGUGUGGCUGCAUUGGAUUUUAGCUCUAACGGGAAAUACCUUUUGGUUGGGAUCAGCCCUGGAUUCGAGGACGAGAAGGACGAUGUUCCCGAGGGCAGCGUCAAAGUGAUGGUUAGAGAACUCGGCGAGACAGAAGCAAAGGGGAAAGGAACCAAAUAG